CCGACCUCGGGGCCAAGCGCGGAAGGAACCUCCGGGGGCCAUGGACGGGGCUGUGAUGGAAGGGCCGCUCUUUCUGCAGAGUCAGCGCUUCGGGACGAAGAGGUGGAGGAAGACCUGGGCCGUGCUCUACCCCGCCAGUCCCCACGGCGUCGCGCGGCUCGAGUUCUUUGACCACAAGGGGUCGAGCUCCGGCGGCGGUGGCCGAGGGGGCUCGCGCCGCCUGGACUGCAAGGUGAUCCGACUGGCUGAGUGUGUGAGCGUCGCGCCUGUGGCCAUGGAGAGUCCACCUGAGCCGGGCCACACUGCCUUCCGCCUGGACACUGCCCAGCGAUCACACCUGCUAGCGGCGGACGCACUGUCCAGCGUGGCCUGGGUGCAGACGUUGUGUCGGAACGCCUUUCCGAAAGGCGGCUGGGCUGUGGCGCAGGGUGAGAACCCACCCAAGAACCCACCGAAGCUUUCAGCCUUGGAGAUGCUGGAGAACUCUCUCUAUAGCCCCACCUGGGAAGGAUCCCAGUUCUGGGUAACUGUGCAGAGGACUGAGGCCUCUGAGCGCUGUGACCUUCACGGUUCCUACAUGCUGAGGGUAGAGGCUGAAAAACUGACUCUCCUCACCUUGGGGACUCAGAGUCAGAUCCUGGAACCACUCCUUUCCUGGCCCUACACGCUGUUGCGUCGCUAUGGCCGAGACAAGGUCAUGUUCUCCUUUGAGGCUGGUCGACGCUGCCCCUCUGGCCCUGGAACCUUCACUUUCCAGACAACACAGGGAAAUGACAUCUUUCAGGCAGUGGAGUCUGCUAUUCAACGGCAGAAGGCUCAAGGAAAGGCAGGACAGGGACAUGAUGUCCUCAGAGCUGACUCCCAUGAAGGAGAGGUGGCCGAAGGGAAGUUGGCUUCCCCUUCUAGUCCCCAGGAGCUGGGCAGCCCCCCAGCCCUAUAUGCAGAGCCCUUAGAUUCCCUGCGCAUUCCUGCAGGCCCUUUGAAGGACUGUGUAUACUCAGACCCGGUGGACAGCACACCUGCUCAGGCAGAAGAGGGAGUUCAGUCAAAGAAACCUCUCUAUUGGGACUUGUAUGAGCAUGUGCAGCAACAGUUGCUGAAGGCCAAGUUGACAGAUUGCAAAGAGGACCCCAUCUAUGAUGAACCUGAAGGCUUGGCCCCAGCUCAGCCCCGGGGCCUGUAUGAUCUACCUCAGGAGCCCAAGGAUGCGUGGUGGUGCCAGGCUCGGGUGAAGGAGGAGGGCUAUGAACUCCCCUACAACCCAGCUACUGAUGAUUAUGCUGUGCCACCCCCUCGAAGUACAAAGCCCCGCCCAGCUCCCAAGCCUCAGGGCUUGGCCUUUUCUGAACCUGGUACUAGCAUCAGCAGCAAAAGCCAAAGCCAAGACACUGCCCUGUACAGUAAGGUCCAGAAAAGUGGGGCUUCAGGGGGAUGGGACUGUGGGCUUUCUAGAGUAGAGACUGACAGGGCUGAGGUCAAAUCAGAGGGCUCCACCUGAAAGGGAGUACAUGGGAAGAUGGCACUGGGAAUCAAAGCAGCUCGUUAGAACCAGCAGGAACAAGAGGGUGGGAGGGACUCAUGUGAAACCUGAGGACCAGAGGGGUCAGAGGAAGGACUGUCAGUUCCAGGAAGUCCUAGGAAGUGGAGCAGAUGGCCCAGCUGAGGGGUGACCUCUGCCGAGGGUUAGCACCUCUACAUUCCCCCAAGGAGCACCAGGUCUGUGAAAAGUGGUACUCAGUCAGUGUGGGUGCAGUUUGAGGUGCCUGUUUAGAGGUUGCCUUGAUCUUUUUCCCUGCACUGUUCUUUAUCAGAGAUGUAUUUUUUACAUUAAAAAAAUUCACAUUAAAGUCAGUUUGAGUUUAA